AUGCCUAGGCAGGAGAACGCUACGGAUGUGCACGCGGAGGCCAUACGCCAGAGGCAGGUUGACGUCAGUUUUGGCCUUGCCACCUUGCAGGGCGACAUGUUGACUUCGGCGGACGAGUCAGACACAAAUCCUGACCCUGUCAAUUACACAGAGGCUGAGAUUCUCGAUCUCGACCAGAGCGAUCAGACAGAUGAAAAAGAGCCCGUGAACUCCACAGCGGAGGAUUGUUACCUUCCCGAAGAUAGCCAAGAGAGCCCGGAUGCCUUCAAUGGUGAUGACUAUGAGGAUGGCAAUCGUCAUGAUGAUAGUGACGACGAGGUCCAACACGCAGUGGCCAGUUCUGAGGAAGGAGGCCUUGUGGAUGAAGACUUUGCUAUUCUUGACGCCCUCCAGUCUGUCGAUGACGAUGUGUCGGGAUCUGAAACAGAGGAGGAGGACGUUGGAGACAUUGGUGAUGAGACGAAAUGGUGGGGUUGGGCUGAGCGUGAGCGUGUGGAAGGUCGCACGCAGGCGGAGGCCACCCCCGCAGUCAUCCUCAGGCCACCGGUGGCUGCCCGGCGGCGCAGCCCUGCCAAGCGGGUCUCCAGCCAGGAGCAAGAAUGGUACUACAAUGCAGAAGGGACCAAGGUUGGAAAGGGCGAAUGGGACAAAGCCUGCGAUCAGAAGCUGUACUUCUGUGCUGGGCAAACCAAGUAUGGUGCUGGGAUUCGGCAAGCCCAGGCUGUCAAGGCAGCAAUUGAGAAUCAUGGGGUGCAUCCGGAGAAGGCCGACUGCCUGCUUGGGAAGUACUGGUGCAAGAUCCUGGAAUCUGCAGGCAUCUCCAAGCAAGAUCGCGGAUCAAUCCGCACCAAAGAUGGUGAAUGGCAAUUCAAAAGCAAGGGAACAAAAGUGGGUUUCGGCUCCUACAAGGAGAAGUGUCCAAAAGAGUUCAAGUGCGCUGGUGGAACAAAGUAUGGAUUGGGCAUUGAACAAGCUCGCGAAGUGAAGAAAGCUAUCGAGAACGGAGGAGUACAUCCCGAUAAGGUUGUCUGCACCUUGAGCAAAUACUGGUGUCUCCAGCUGCAGAAAGCAGGCAUACCUCGCAAUGAUGCAGGCAGGCUGACUGCGAAAGGAGGGGAAUGGUACUUCAAAGACAAGCGCACCCAAGUCGGCUACGGAUCCUACAAGAACAAAUGCGACAGCAACAAGGUAUUCUGCGCCGGUCGCCUAACCUUCGGUUUUGGGAUCCUACAGGCAAAGGCGCUGAAAGAAGCCAUCGAGAAUGGUGGCCUGCAUCCUGACAUGGUGCCUUGCAAGCUCGGAAAGUACUGGUGUCCGCAGAUGAAAAAAGCAGGAAUACGCGGACGCGACAUUGUGAAGAUCACCUUCAAGGGCGACGAGUGGUACUUUGAUGGUCAGCCAACUAGGGUUGGCUACGGAUCAUACAAGAAGCACUGCGACAGUGCGAGGCUAUUCUGUGCAGGAGGCACGAAGUUUGGUUUUGGUAUUCUGCAAGCUCGAGCCGUCAACGCGGCAAUUGCGGAUGGUGGUAUCCACCCAGCGAAGGCCAACUAUAGGAGCUUCAAAAACUUCUGCGUCUUGACGAAUGGCAAAGAUGCCCCACAGGACAAGGGCCAUGUGACGAAGAAUGUUGCGGGCUGUGAAGCAGCAUGCGACCUGAAAGCUGGCUGUACCGGCUUUGAGUGGUAUGCUAAUGGCUGGAACAGGAAGAACUGUUUCCUGUUCAUCGACCAGCCCCUUGCAAAAGGCAGCCCAGGCAAACAGUGGAAGGAUGCGAUGUGCUACAUCAAGAAGGCACGUAGGUGCACGGUCUUUCCGAAGUGGCGGAAGAAGUGGUUGGGCAAACAUGUGCAGAUCUCCUUGGGCGCUCAUAAAUACGGCGCAAAGCUUGCCUGGAAGACCUGCUUUGAACUUUGCGAAUCGGAGAAGGAGUGCAAGCAGGUGGUCUGGAGCAAGAGUGGCUGUUUUGGCAUGCUGGCUCGGAGUGAUGCAGACCAAGACAACAAAGGUGGCAAGAAUACUGGGUACAUGUCGGCGCACUGCUACGACAAGGACAUCUUGCACUUUGUUCGCACGUGCGGUGAGUGUGGCAAAAGCCUUUGUCAAGGGCAGAGGAAGAAUGAGAAAGGGCUGGAGUCGUCCUACAUGAUUGGCGCCCCACUGCACUCCUGGGGCUGUGCGAACCUGUGGGCAAAGCCAUAUGGCACAGUUCGCAACUCUGAGAGCGGAGCCAUCUACGUGGUUGACAACCCGGCAGAACAGGCAGCGGCUUGCCCGUUUCUUGCUCCCCACUUUGGUGCUCUGUCCGAAGUCCUGUGUGAAGAUGGCAAGUACGUAAAGGCGGGGAGGGCACGUUUCCAGCCAGUGGAAAUGCCCAGAGUCUUGGAGGGUACUUCCUUGCAGGACUGGAGCUGCAUGAAGGGAGGCCAUGGUCAGCGUGCUCAGUGUCCUGCCAACUCUCCUGUGAUGUGCGCACGGCAAAGCUGCCAUGACCUCAGAGUGGCCAAGAGCCAGCCCAAGUCCAAGCAAAGCUGGGUCCCAGGCGGUGCGGACAAAAAGGACAAGUGUGAGGAGCAUGGGAAGCGCUUGUGCACGUAUUCAGAGCUUUGCCAGAAGAGGGGUCAGCGCCCUGCUGGAGGCCUGCAGUCUGUGACCGACGCGUGGUGUCCAAUCCUCGAAGAAGACAUGAAGACACCGAACUACGCACAGGUUGGCGCCACAAUGCGUCAUCCCACCUGCAAGAAGCUGACAGAAUCCCAUCGCCUGGAUGCCACAUCCUGGCCUCUCAGUGAUGAGCGCUUGGACCUGCGUGAGGUCUUCGCCUGUUGCGAGGGCUGGGUCGGCCGCGGCUCUCAGUGGCGUGGACAGGAGCUUUCUUUUCGUCAGCAGAGCUUACAUGACAGGCUGACAAUCCAGGGAAAGCCGUGGCAUGCUGGCAAGGUUUACUUUGACAAGCUCCCGAGCUACCUCAGCACCAAGUUUCCUAUGCGGGGGACGCAGGAUGUCAACACAGGCAACUCCAACGAGCUCUUCUUGGCGGAGCCGGCCUUGGUGUACCUGCUGCGCGUGGAUCGCUGGUCCGGAGUUCCCCUGGAUGGUUGGACCAACACCGGCGAUGUUGGGAGCUUCCUUGGUCCUAUGUAUGCCGGCAAGGUGCGGGUCUACUGGAAGCUGCUUGACGCGGGCAAGCACGUUAUCGACAACUAUUCAGGUAUGUACCUGGUCAGCAGCCCUUCGUUGCCGUCCUGCGUCGGCUCUGAGGGGCUGAAAAUCCCUCAUGGCUUCGUUUGGCCUGAGAAGUAUCCAUCUAAAGCGGACACUACGAUCGAGGAGGUGUGGGCGAGCAACCGCAAGGGGGUUUACGGUCGCAAGGUUCAAGGCAUGAAGUUUGCGGCGCUCACUCUGAAAGAGACCCAAGACAAUGGAGGAGCCUACUAUAUCCUCUUCAGCAAUCGGCCACCGAGUGACAAAGCUUUGCGGCCAAGCGACUGCAGUGCCGGCACCUCCAUAAAGUACGGCACGAAGCCGAAGUCCAAAGUCAGGAACAGUGGUGAAUUUGUGCCAACCUGGUUGGGAACAACAUGGAAGGUAUACAUGGCAGCUGACCUUUGGGAGCCGUUCGGCAGCUCGCACUCCAAGUGCUUGGAGGAGACCCCCCAGACCACAAUCGAAGUUGCUGAUCAGUCUGAAUGCCAAAUGCACGCUGUGGCCAGGGACCAUCGUUAUUACCAGAUCCUUCGCAGCUCGAAGGAGAUGUGGAAGUGCAUGACAACCAGCAGCUGCGACGCCCCAAUGACAGGCACCGUUGCGGCCUGGCAGAUCUACUCCAAGGAUGGGGCCUGGCAGCGACAUGGCCCCGGGAGCAGUUGCGGGAUCAACCCGAGCCUUGAGUACAAGGCAACAGGGCACUGCACAAACGGUCUUGUGUACUCCUCCAGAGCGUGGGAACUAGCUGAGAGCAAGUGGGGGAGGAAGGAUUUCACCACAGAUCAGUACAAGGCAUGGAUGAAGACUGCCUGGGCGAACUGCUUGCUGAAGGAUCCAGGAACUACUUUUGUCAGUGUGUGGACCGAUGCUGGCUACAGGUGCUUCAAAACCUUCGACUGCAAGCCCAACGGAGCCACGGCUGUGAGGACCUGGUCGGCUGUAGGUUUGAGUAAGGCCUUCGUGCACCUGCGAGUUUUUGGCGGCACUGCGAACGACAAGACCUUCCUGAGCACAAUCACUGUGGGUACAAAGGUAGACUUGUUCACCAAGGAUGACUUCAGUGGUCGACAGCGUUGGGUCAUCAGCAAGGGGAGUGGCGAUUGGUACACCAUCCGCGUACUGGCCGGUGUCAACUCUGGACGCAUCUUCCUAAGCACCACAGCCACAGGGGACAAGGUGGACUUGAUCGCAAAGGACGACGCGAGCGGGCGCCAGAGGUGGAAGAUCUCGCGCAUCAGCGGGGACUGGUACCACAUAACCGUGGUCAGCGGCGUCAGCAGCAAACGGCGCUUCCUGAGCACUACGGAGAGUGGUGAUGCGGUUGACCUCAGAGAGGCGGAUGAUGGCAGCGGAAGACAGAGGUGGCUCAUUGCGUUCGAGGCAAACGCUGAGCGCCUUACUUCGUGGCAAGAACACAACUUCAAUGACCGUGGUAUCUCUCAGCUCUCAGCGCGAACGACGUAUACAUAUCGGCUGAGUACAGGAUACACUUGCCUGCUGACUGGCUGGACUCAUACACGAACCUAUGCCCGUGGCUUCCUGAGAGCAAGCUCGGGGACGGCGACCGCUACUGUCAAAGACCUGGAGCCGGGAGGUCUGUAUGUCUGGAGGCUUUACCAGUUCGCCAGCUUUGGUGCGGGCACAAACAUCCUUUCUGUCAACUCGGUCUAUGAGGGCAGCACAACCUCUCAGCCGCUGACAACAUCUGCCGCCACAAAACUCGGUAUGACGCCAGCAGACAUGCAAGGCCGCAUCUCCUUCGUUUUUUCACGCAGGUCUUUCCACGUCCAGCUGUCUGGGCUGACCAUGAAGCGCUUGGACGAGGUUGCCGACGAACACCUGACCUCUUUGGAAGAGAAUCACUUUAACAGUCGCGGCGAUUCCACGCUGAAUGAGAAGACGGUCUACUCUUACGUGCUGGGACAUGGAUACAAGUGUGAUCUGACAGGCUUUACUCACACAAGAAAGUAUGCUCAUGGCUUCCUGCGGAACAAGAACGGAGAAGCCAAAGCCACGAUUUCCGGACUGGAGCCAGGUGCCGAAUAUGCGUUCAAGGUAUAUCAAUAUGCCGCUCAGUUUGCUGGCAAAAACCUCCUCUUCGUGAAUGGAGACUCCAAAGGGCUUACGACGGCAUCCAAAUCAGCAGAGCCGACAAAGAUUGGUUUGACUCAAGCCGACGGCGACGGGAAGAUCAUUUUUACUUUCGGGAGGAUAGCGCAUCACGUGCACUUAUCCGGCCUGGCGAUCGGUCGAAUUGCCAGCAACCCCGUGGUGUUCUCUGCAGUCAGCUUUGACAUGUGUCAGCAGGACUGCUUAAGCAGACCUGCAUGUACUGGCUUCGAGCUCAAGGGUGGCAAGUGUGCCCUUUGGAGUGCGCCUCUUCGCGUUAAUGCUGCUUCUAAAGCCUCGGAGUGUGUCACACUGCUGCCGCAGUUCGUGUACCCGCGUCGGCACACUGGGCAUGGUGGAGACAACACGCGCUGGCGUCGAGGUCCAGGUGGACCCAAGGGAACUGAUGUGGGCAAUGGAGAGUCACAGUACGCUGCCGGGCCCUACGAAGUUCUUCACGUCGGCACCCGGCGGCUUUGCGAGAAGAGCUGCAGCCAGCGCAGCUGGUGUGCUGGCUACGCGUUCAAGCACACGAAGUCGUUUGGUUCCGGUGCCGACUGGAAGCUGGGGGUGUGCCAGCUAGUUGACCGGCGUAUUCCGACAGCAACAAAGGUCACCGAGGUCGCAUCAUUCAGCAAGGCAGGGGCCUGGCAGAGCCACGGCAACAGCAAAUGCCAAGCAGUACCGAAGAUGCUUUUCAAGGAGCAUGGCCACUGCACCAAAGGUCAAAUUUACAGCUCCAAUGCCUGGGAGCUGGCCUUCCCAUUGGGCCGCCAAGGCUUUUCAACUCCGGAAUAUGCAACGUGGCUGUCUGCAGCAUGGAGGAAAUGCAAAAGGAGAGAUCCCGACACAUCUUUUGUGAGCGUGUGGACAGAUGCGGGAUAUCGGUGUUACAAGACGGCAUCUUGUGGUGUCAAGGCUGAUGGAGCUACAAGAUCGUGGACUGCUGUGGGGCCAGAGAAGCUGUCGUCCUUAGCCGAGCAGAAUUUCAAUGAUCGUGCGCAGAGGACGCUGAACGUGAAGACCUCCUAUACGUACAAGCUCAGCAAUGGCUACACGUGUACCCUGAGAGAAUGGACGCACACCAGGACCUAUGCAAAGGGCUUCUUGCGAAACAAGCCAGGGACCGGCUUAGCCAUCGUUUCGGGACUGCAGCCUGGUGAGGAAUAUGUAUGGCAGCUCUACCAGUACGCCGCGUUGUUUCCUGGCAAGAAUGCCGUUGAGGUGAAUGGCAUCGACGAGGGCCUGACCUCGCAGUCCAAGUCGGAUGACGCGACCCUACUGGGCAUGGCCACAGCAAGCACUCGUGGAGAAGUCGUUUUCGGCUUCAAACGAAAUGCGCAUCACGUGCAUCUCUCCGGCCUGGCAAUCCGCAAACGCAACGAGGCGAGGACGGAACUGUUGUCGUCGCUGGCUGAGAACUCCUUCCACAUGAGGCGUCGUUCCAAUCGGAAUCUUGACAGAAACAACGGUUAUGUAUACCCGCUCAGCAACGGCUACAACUGUGAGCUGAAGGGAUGGACUCAGAGCCGAGAUUAUGCCAAAGGCGUGCUCCGAAAUGUGGUUGGCAAAGCAACGGCAGUGGUGUCUGGCCUGGAGCCAGGAGCUCUCUACUCUUGGAAGGUCUAUCAGUAUGCCUCGAAGUUUGGGGGCCACAACGGGCUCUCCGUGAAUGGCGAGUCCAUGGGCCUGACCUGGGCAUCGAAACGGACAGAUGCCACGAAGACAGGUGCCCACCGGGCUAGUGCCGAUGGCCGGAUCACCUUUGCGUUUCAGAGGAAGUCAGCUCAUGUCCACCUUUCUGGGAUUGCCUUAGGCAAGGUCUACGAGGCUGGAGAUGAGUACCUGUCCUCAAUCAGCGACAACAACUUCAAUGACCGGGGUAACGCCAACUUGAAUCCCGUUGCUUCCUAUGCGUACAAGCUCAGCAAUGGCUACUCCUGUACGUUGAAAGGUUGGACGCAUAGCAGGCUUUAUGCCAAGGGCUUCCUCCGAAACAGGGCAGGUACUGCCACAGCGGUGGUAUCGGGCUUAGAACCUGGGAAGCUCUAUGCGUGGCGAGUGUACCAGUACGCAGCUGUGUUUGGCGGCAGGAACAGGCUGCGCGUGAACGGUGGAAACUACGUUUACACCACGGCUGGCAGAAGUGACCUGCCGACGCGAAUCGGCUUGGCAAAGGCAAAGUCUUCUGGCCAGAUUUCGUUCGAGUUCGUCCGUGAGGCACACCACGUCCAUCUCUCCGCCUUGGCCAUCGCAAGGGUCCGCGAGGCUGAAGUGCCUCAGGUCCAGGAGCAGGCAUCCAGCAGCCUGGACGCUUGCAAGCUAAGUUGCGAGAAGAAAGCAGAUUGCCAAGGCAUCCAAUACGACUCACCAAAAAAACGUUGUAGCCUGUGGUCCAGUCCCUUCGAGUCCGCUCCAGCGGGCAAAGGCGUCGAAUGCCUGUCCUGGCGACGCCUCUAA